AUGCCGCACUACACUUCCGAGCCCCUCAUCGACACUUCCACGCCGACAGGUGACUGGCGCGACGACCUUUUCCGCGACGGAUAUGUUGUCGUCAAAAAUGUCUUGCCAGCAGAGAAAGCGGAGGGAUAUAAGCAGAGGAUGUUCGAGUGGUUAGAAACGUUUCCGUAUGGGUUUGAUAAAAAUGAUAAAAGCACGUGGGUGAAGGAAUGUCUACCAGAGCACAUGAAGGGCGGCAUGUAUCACGGCUACCGGGUCCAGCAUGAGAAGGUGAUAUGGGAUGCGCGAUGCGAACAAUCCAUCAUCGACACAUUCGCCAAGAUCUGGAACACCCACAACCUCCUCGUCUCCUUCGACGGCAUGAACCUCACCCUCCCCUCCCCAGAUCUCAAGCCUUCUACUCCCUGGCCGCAUGUGGAUCAGAAUCCAAACCGCAAGGGCAUGCAGUGCGUCCAGGGAAUUUUGAACCUCGCGCCUAAUGGGCCUGAGGAUGGCGGGCUCGUCGUGCUCAAGGGCUCGCAUAGACAAAAUGAAGCGUUUUUCAAAACGCAUCCCGAAACAGAGGGCGCGGGGACGUGGGGCAGUGCGGAUUGGCAUGGGUUUAACGAAGAGGAGGUGAGCUGGUUUAAAAGUAGGGGGUGUGAGGAGGUUAAAGUAUGCGCGGGGCCCGGCGAUUUGAUACUGUGGGACAGUCGAACGGUGCACUACAACAAAGUCCCCAGCACGCAGAAUGUCCGCGCCGUCAUGUACAUCUGCUACACGCCUGCGUCGUUUGCAAAGGACGAGGAUCGCGAGCGCAAGGCAGGGUAUUUCAGGGAGAGGUGGGGGACGACUCACUGGCCGCACGCGAAUAUAUUUCGGCAGGAGGAUAAGCAUAUGCGUCUUGGGAAGCCUGAUUCGUAUGUAAGGGACAGGCCGGCGCACGAACCCGAGGAAAGCGAUUUAGUGCUGAAGUUGGCUGGGGUGAAAGCGUAUUAAACAUGGCAGUAGAGGUCUUGUAAAAUCAACAUUCUUUCUCGC